AUGUUGAGCCAAAGUGCCUUGAAGGGAUGGUCUGAGCUGCCUGCCUUUUAUGUCGAAUGGGGGCAUCAAACACCAAUUAAAGAUAUGAAUUCACUCUGCUUAGCUGAAGCUCUCAAGGAGUCAAAUGUAAAGCAAGCCAUUAGGAUAAUCGAUGAAACUUCGUUUCAUUUGAAUCGUAAUCAGAGCUAUGCCAAUAUGCCUGCUGAAAAGAAUCUAAGAGGAGUUCUUAGAUCUGAAGUUGACAGAUCUGUGUCUAGAGAUAGCAUUGUCAUUGUUGACUCUUUGAACAGUAUAAAGGGUUAUAGAUACGAAUUAUGGUGUUUGGCCCGUGGGGCGGGAAUUAGAUACUGUGUGCUGUACUGCGACGUGGAAGAAACCCAUUGUAGGAAGUGGAACGAAGAGCGUCGAGAGAAAGCCGAAGCUAACUAUGAUGAUAAGAUAUUUGAAGAUCUGGUUAGAAGAUUUGAGAGACCGGAUAUUAAAAAUAGAUGGGACGUGCCAUUGUUUGAGUUAAGGCCACAUGAAGAUGGCAUAGAGACAAGAUCAGCUGUCCUUGGAGAUGCUGUGUUAUUCCUUACAAAAACAGUGAACUCGAGGUCGAGGGAUGUAAAAGUUCUACAGCCAACAAUUGCGACUCAGAGUAAUCGAUUCUCGGAGGCGAAUUCUCUGUACGAACUAGACAAAGCAACGCAAGAAGUCGUCGGUGCUGUCGUAGAAGCGCAAGCUCAGGCAAUGGGAGGGCCUCUGAAUGGUAUCUCUCUGGGUCAGGAGUUGCCAACCAUCAAUAUUUCAAGGUCGGUUGGCCUACCGGAGCUUCAGAGGCUUCGAAGAACUUUCAUUAAACUAACAGGGCAAACUAGUUUAAGCGGACCGCCGCCACCUUCUGAUGCGGAGAGCGCCAAGAGGAUGUUUAUUGACUAUCUGCAUAGGGAACUGGAGACUGCUUGAAGCUAGAUUAACCUGAAUGAUUCUGGGAUUUCCAUACUUGAAGCUUAUAAACUGCCAGGCUUCCCCGAGCGAUAAACGUUAUUCCUCAGUAGCUUAGUGGUAGAGCGAUAAACGUUAUUCCUCAGUAGCUUAGUGGUAGAGCGAUAAACGUUAUUCCUCAGUAGCUUUGUGGUAGAGCGA